AUGCUGCGCUCUGCUUUUAGCAGCAGCAGGUGGUACUUGCGCCUUAUCUCGUUUCGCAACUAUAGUAAAACGGCAAAGAUGUCAUUGAGGACUCUUUCAGCGAAAGAUGCCGCGUCCCUCGACUCGGACCUUAUGAUACAUUACGGCUGGUCUAUAGAUCAGUUGAUGGAACUCGCAGGACUGUCUGUCUCACAAGCUGUCUACCGUAUCCAUCCACCUAGCUCUGGGAAGAAAAUCCUCGUCGUCUGUGGCCCAGGGAACAACGGCGGUGAUGGCUUAGUCGCAGCUCGUCAUCUUGCCCACUACGGCUACAAACCAUCUGUCUACUACCCCAAGUCGUCAAAUAACCCUCUCUACGAUCGUCUCAAACUCCAACUCGAUUGCCUCGACGUCAAAUCUAUCUCUGCAGACGAAUUUCCUGCCGCUCUCAAGUCCUCUGAUUUCCUCAUUGACGCUGUAUUCGGCUUCUCCUUUAGUGGAUCCCUGCGCGGCCCCUUCCCGGAUAUCAUCUCGGAGAUCGAAUCAGCGACCAUUCCGGUUCUCAGCGUCGAUGCCCCAAGCUCCUGGAACAUCGAGACUGGACCGCCGAAAGAGGGCCCCGGCUCUAAGUUCAUGCCAGAGGCGCUUAUUAGUUUGACGGCUCCAAAGCCGUUCGUUAAGUACUAUAAGGGAAGGCAUUUCGUGGGAGGCAGGUUCUUGACUAGGGGUAUAGCGGACAUGUACAAUUUGGACUUACCACAGUAUCCCGGGAUUGACCAGGUGGUGGAAGUGGAAGUGGAUACUGAGGGGAAGCUGUGA